UGAACGGAAGUACAUUGAUUUGACUUGCCAACUUCAUUUAACGUCAUUAAACAUUGUUUCCGAUCUUUCUCCAACAAGUGACGGAAGAAAAUGACUUGCAAACGUAGGAAUGGUGGACGUGCCAAGCAUGGCCGUGGCCAUGUAAACCCUGUCCGUUGUACUAAUUGUGCACGCUGUGUACCAAAAGAUAAAGCAAUUAAAAAAUUCGUUAUUCGUAAUAUUGUAGAAGCAGCUGCUGUAAGAGAUAUCACAGAAGCAAGCUUUUAUUCUGCAUAUCAGCUUCCAAAGUUGUAUGCCAAAUUGCACUACUGCGUUUCUUGUGCUAUUCACUCAAAAGUAGUUCGCAACAGAUCAAAGGCAAAUCGUCGUAUCAGGACACCUCCAGUUCGUAAUUUCCCUAGGGAUCUGCGUCAAGGCCAACAAAACAGGAAAUAAAUUACUAUGUAAAUUUUAAAUAAAAUAAAGUAUAAAAUCGA